AUGACAGUCGCUGUCACAGCAUGCUUUCGAUACGUAGUUGACAGUGAGCUCGCCUUUGGAGACAUCGUUACGAGGCUUGGUGGGCACACUGCCGCAGCCGCGGCACGCGUGAUCAAGAAGUUGCUGAUUAUGGUUGUAGGCAUUCUUGGCUGUAUCGGAAGUGCCGUUCUGGUAAAAGGCACAGAAGCUUCCAUGAGAGCCAUGGGAACAUGCAAUUUGAUUUGCGGCAGUGUCUCAGCCAACACCUCGGGCCCAGCUAGUGCGCUCGAUGCCUUGUGUAUAGCAUCAUCGAUUCCAGAAGGAAACAAGGAAUGCUUCGACGACGAUGACGAGCCACCUACCAUUUCGACCCCUCGAAAACUGAUAAUUGCCCUCGAUCACGAGGAAUCCAAGCCCAGGGUAACGAUAGGCAUCACUACGCAACAGGAGUUCAACUGGCUUGCUCUGGUGGCAAGUACUCGAGAAUUGCCUUCUACCAGACCGGAGCGUCGAGAACUGCCGACCGAGCCGCCGAUCUACUGCAAGGCUAGAUGGACCACGCUCACAGGUUGCACCCAGAGCGGAAGCAACCCUACCGCGCCCGGCAACGAUGUGUCUAAGGGCGAGCUGACUGUCAACAUUGUGUCUGCACCGUGCUGCAGCGGCAACUGCCACUGUCCUAUUUGA